AUGUCUCAAAGAGAAAGAAAUCCUAUUUGGCAGUUUUUUGAAAAGAGCACAAAUGAUUUAUCUAAGGCAGUUUGCAAAAUCUGCAAAAAGUCGCUCUCAUUAGGAAGUCAAGAACCCAAAAAACAAACACUAUAUGGAGUGAUGCAGCAUUUAAGUAAGUUCCAUGGCACAGAACACAUACAAGUUUUAAAGCGGCAGUCUGAAUUAGAGAACAUAAAAAAUGAACUAAACAUACAAAAAAGAACUAAAGUCUCUCUAGCGGUUUUAGAAACUGAUAAGGGUAAUCAACCUACCCUGGUCCAGUCGACCAUUCCGAGUUUGGCUAGACCUAAAUGUGUACAAUGGCCAGAUGAUCAUGAAAUUUCACGGAGAAUAGACAAAGCGAUUAUGGAUUUGAUGAUUGUCGAUAUGUUGCCGUAUUCGUUGGUCAGUGGUGAAGCAUUCCAAAGACUUAAUUUUGCUGAUCCUGAUGCUUUUCAUAAAUAUAGACUGAAGAGUGAAAAAUUUUUCCGAACAACAUUAAUGCCGCAAACUUACGAACGAGUAAAGGCUAAAGUCAAAAAAUUAAUCGCAAAAUCCGAUUGGUUAAGUGUGACUGCCGACAUAUGGACCAAAACUAGCAAAUCAUGUUCCCUUCUCAGUCUCACAGGUCAUUUCAUUAUAGAGCAUCAACGCCUGAAAGUUAUAUUAGGCGCAGCUGUUAUGGAACAAGACCAUACUAGACAGUACAUUGAACGAAAAUUUACGGAAAUGAUCAAUGAGUGGAACUUAAAUUGUAAGAUUUUUUUAGUGUUGCGUGAUAAUGCCGCAAAUAUGGCAUGUGCAAUGCGGACAGGACACUAUGAGUCUCUUGGCUGUGUAUCGCAUACGCUGCAAUUAGUGAUCAAGCAAUCGUUAUUUGCUGAUGAAGACACCACAGAAAUUAUAAAAAAAUGUCGGAAGAUAGUAGGCCAUUUCUACCACAGUGAACCAGCGACAAGAAAAUUGAAAGAAUGCCAAAUCCAAUGCGGGCUGCCAGAACAUGCUCUGGUUCAAAGUAUUGAUAUAAGAUGGAACAGUACCUAUUUGAUGUUUCAGAGGCUGUUAGAGCAAAAAAAAUGCUAUUAA